CCAGGCAGCUGAAAUGAGAGGAUCCCCCCUGUUCCUCUGCGUCUUCUCCGUGUCCUGCUGGAUGAAUUUGAUGCCCACAGCCGGGGACAGAAUCUUCCACUUUGGAGCCUGCAGGGUUUCCAUCAGCAUGACAGAGAUCAGGGCUGGCUUCACAGCAAUUAAAGCCAAUAUUCAAUCCAGAGACCCCAUCCGGACCCUGAGCAUCCUGUCCCACCCUCACUCCCUCCACAAGGUCAAGUCUUCAGACAGAUGCUGCAUCACUUAUCAGCUCUUCACCUUCUACGUGGACAAGGUUUUCAAGCACUGCAGGACCGAGGACUCGUUUGUGAACAGGAAAAUCAGCAGCAUUGCCAACUCCUUCCUCAGCACGAGGAGGAAGCUCGGGCAGUGUCGUGAGCAGAAUAAUUGCCUGUGUGGGGAGGAAUCCACGGAGAAAUUCAAGCAAAUACUUGCAAACUAUGAAGGGCUGAAUGUCACAUCUGCAGCCAUGAAAUCCCUGGGGGAGCUGGACAUCCUCCUGGACUGGAUGGAGAAAUCUCGUUAGCGGACGGCGUUAAUUACCCACGGGCCGGUGCUGAGGAGCUGCAGGGGCUUUGCAGGGAUGAGAGGGACAAUAAAUCACUGUAUCAGUGCAGCUCCCCAGCAGUUCCAGCUGCAUUCAGGCAAGCAUGGAGAGCUUUGCCAGCCAGGGACAUCAGCAGAGUCUUCAUUAAAACAGAAAUAACGAGUUUGAUGAAAUCAGCAUCGCCCUUGCUGCUACCAAAGGAUGCUCCCAGGGAAAACCCACAAGGGUUUCUCCUGCUGGCAGACAUAAGCUGUGAUCAUGUCAUAAAAUUACUGUCUAAAUUACAGAUAUUUUGUUUAGGGAAUGUGGGGAAUGAGCACUGAGAGCUGGCUGGGAGGACUCUGGUGUAUAAACCUGGGCUCAGUCUCAGGGCUGUGCCACCGAUGGAUCUGGCUGAAAUGAGAAGUACAGUGUGGGAAAUGCUUCCAAGAACAGGUCCUAGCAGGUAUGUCAGGCCUCAGAAACCUGUGUUUCCUUUUGAGAUGAUAUUUUCUGCCUUAUCAGUAAAAAUGUUUCUGUGCAAGAUAUGUGGUUGCUGAAUAGAAAAAGGUUCUUGAGUGUAUUGAGCAAUUUACUGACACUCAGUAGUGAGUUUUGUGGAAAUUGGUUGUGAUGACCAUAAAUAAACCCAACUUGAAACUGU